UCAACGUCAAAUAAACUUGUAUCAGCUGUUUAGACCAUUCUACUCACAUCCACUGAUAAAAACGUCAGCGACGAAGAGAGACGGUCGUCUGCUACCCCAACCCUAAAAGGAUUGAGAUUUUUUCAGAUUGGAACUCGAGGGCAGCGUCAAACCGUAUUCAGGUAGCGAGCGACGCAGUUUGUUUGGACAAGUCAUCAUCACCAACCAUCAACCGAUAUGUAACCAUGGCAGCGCUUGACUUGGACUUGAACUCACCGUUGCUGAGUACAGGCAUCUCAACAUUUCUACUGCUUCAUCUCCUGUUCCUCUUGUAGCAUAUUAGCUCAAAAGAAAUAUGAACUCCCUACCGGGAAGGAGUGUGUCACUGUGCAGAAUCAGCACAGUGGGCGCUAUGAGGGUCCUCGUGGGUGCACCAGGUCACCCUGUCACGAUGGCCCGUGCGACUUGCCUUGAGGCCGUCAGAGUGUGUCACUCGGUCUCGAGCUGCAAGGGCAGCGUCAACACCAAGAAGCGCGGUUAUGACAUUACCAGAAACCCACACCUGAACAAGGGCAUGGCCUUCACCCUGCAGGAGCGCCUGCAGCUGGGCAUCCACGGCCUGCUGCCCCCAGUCUUCCUCUCCCAGGACGUCCAGGUGCUCCGCAUCAUGAGGAGCUACGAGGGCCGCAACCCCCUCGACAAGUACAUCUUGCUAAUGACUUUGCAGGACAGGAAUGAGAAGUUGUUUUACCGCCUGCUGACGUCUGAUGUAGAGGAGUUCAUGCCCAUCGUCUAUACGCCUACAGUAGGGCUGGCCUGCCAACAGUACGGACUGGCCUUCAGGAGACCACGAGGUCUCUUCAUCACCAUCCAUGAUAAAGGUCACAUCGCCACCAUGCUCAACUCCUGGCCUGAGAAGAACAUCAAGGCCAUUGUGGUGACGGACGGAGAGCGUAUCCUGGGUCUGGGGGACCUGGGAAGUUACGGCAUGGGCAUCCCCGUGGGCAAACUGGCCCUGUACACAGCCUGCGGAGGAGUGCCACCCCAACAGUGUCUGCCAGUGCUGCUGGACGUGGGCACCGACAACCAGGCGCUCCUGGAAGACCCCCUGUACAUCGGUCUAAAGCACAAGAGGGUCAGAGGAAAGGAGUAUGAUGAUCUCAUCGAUGAGUUCAUGCAGGCAGUUACUGACAAGUACGGGAUGAACUGUCUGAUCCAGUUUGAGGAUUUUGCCAACUCCAACGCCUUCCGCCUCCUCAACAAGUACCGCAACCACUACUGCACCUUCAACGAUGACAUCCAAGGGACAGCCUCAGUAGCAGUAGCUGGAGUAUUGGCUGCUCUGAAGAUCACCAAGAACAAACUGUCAGACCACACCUUUGUGUUCCAGGGAGCAGGGGAGGCUGCACUGGGCAUCGCCCACCUGCUGAUUAUGGCCAUGGCGAAGGAGGGAGUGUCCGCCACAGACGCCGCAAAGAAGAUCUGGAUGGUCGACUCCAGGGGCCUCAUCGUCAAGGGCAGAGGAAACCUGAACCAUGAGAAGGAGGAGUUUGCCCAUGACCACGCCCACAUCAAGACCCUGGAGGAGGUGGUGCACACCAUCAAGCCCACUGCCAUCAUCGGAGUGGCAGCCAUCGCAGGGGCGUUUAAUGAAAACAUUAUCAAGGACAUGGUGUCCUUCAACGAGAGGCCCAUCAUCUUCGCCCUGAGUAACCCCACCAGCAAGGCAGAGUGCACCGCCGAGCACUGCUACCAACUCACCGAGGGGCGGGGCAUCUUUGCGAGUGGCAGCCCUUUUAGUAAAGUGACCCUGGCUGACGGGCGCUCCUUCAUCCCCGGCCAGGGGAACAACGCCUACGUGUUCCCUGGCGUGGCGCUUGGCGUCAUCGCCUGCGGGGUACGCCAAAUCUCUGACGACAUCUUCCUCACCACAGCGGAGGCGAUAGCUGACAUGGUAACAGAGGAGCACCUAGCCGAAGGGAGACUCUACCCUCCCCUCAACAGCAUCAGAGAGGUGUCCUUUAAGAUUGCUGUCAAGGUGGUGGACUAUGCGUACAGACACAACAUCGCCUCCCUGUACCCGGAGCCCAAGGACAAGGAGGCGUUUGUGCUCUCUCACGUCUACAGCCCAGACUACGACUCCUUCAUCCAGGACACCUACAAAUGGCCCCAGGAUGCCAUGAAAGUCCAGAACAUGUGAACUCCAUCUCCCAUCAGCCACCUCUAUCUCCGUUGUUCGAUCCCUGUCAGUACAGCAGAAGGGAGCCACAUAUCAGAAAACGCGCCACCGUCUCUUCUCUCCAGCACUCGCAUAUUAUCACUCAACGCCUUCUGAAGUUAGGUCAUCAAUACGAGACACUCCUUUGCCCCUAGACACUCCCCAGUGCCCAUAGAAAUGUACAUCGUAGUUGGAGAUGACCAAUGCUUAGCCAGCACAGAGAUCCUUUGAGGGGUAAUUUUUGAAGGUUCAUUAUUUUGAAGCCUCCUUUGUCUUUUGUAAUUAUUUUGUUUGUCAUAUCGACAACAGUGUAUCCAUACAGUCAUACUGCCAGGUUAUAGUGCCACAUCAUUUCAUGUAUAAAUUGAGGCAACCCUCAAACUGUUCUAUACAUUCUAUUUCUAUGUUCCUAUAUUCUAAUCUGGAGACAGACUAUUGACAUCACCACAACACCAUGUUAUUCUAUCUGUGUCCUGUGUCACCAAGGCCCUAAUAACACACUCUAUUGAGCUUUCUAGGCCUGGUCCAGUCUGUGUGGUCUAGCUUCAAUAACUAACAGGCUAAACUCUAAAAUAAAUUCCAUAGAAGUAUUACAAAAGGCUAGGUCUCUCAGGCAUCUAUUGUAGGGUGCAUCUCAGGAGUCUUACCUGGCUUUCUUCCCUUGACUCCUUUACUUCAUCUUUACGGUAUCUGCAAAAGUGGACAUUUGAAAGCAAAUUCCCAUUAGGCAUUCACCAUAUCGCCUUCACCUGUCCAUUGUUUUUGAAUCAGUCAGAAUAAAAGGAGAUGGGGGACGAGGACCCCAUUAAGAUAGGCCCCUUCUCCGGACAUAAACGCACAAACCCUGAUAGUGCCUGCCUCUGUUUGACCUUCUGACCUCACAAUGUUAUAUCCUGCAGAGUCUUGUCUUUGGUUGGAGGAUUCUAUCAGAUAUUAGUAAGGAAUGAUAUGUACAAGCCAGUUCACACUGUUCAGUACCUCCUCAUUCAUUUUCAAGCGUAACUCCAUUAUAUUAUUAAGUGGCAUCUUGCUCCCUGUUGUCACUGCAUACUCUAGGCUACACUCCUACCAAAGCCUGGGUUAGGACAGGGCUAGAUAGACAAUCUAUAGCACUUCAAGCCUUGUAAGGUAACACAAGCAUGCAUAUGAAAUGGCUUGAUUAUCUUGUUGCAUGGCAGUGAUUGUUUAGAUUGCUUGGCAGCAGGAUGCAUCAUGGGACUAUGUCUUUUUUACCCAGGUUGCACUGGGCGUAACCCACUUGCUGAUAAUGGCCAUGGCACCACGAAUGCCGCAAAUACCAAAAAAUAUAAGGUUAUAAGGGAUAUUUUAUUUAAAAUAUAUUAAAUAUAAAAUAUAAAUGAGGACUUUUAAUUUAUUUUCAAAAACACUCCCUGUUCAUCUUAUAUUUUUCCUCUAGACUUUGUCACUGAUCGCCUGUUGAUACGCGAGUGUCAGUAUUGUAUUAACAAGAUGCAUAGCUACAUGGUUUUAGCCCCAAUGUCACUACCAGUAGGAACUGACUUCAGGUCUGUGAGGUGCAUACUGUUUAUGUACAGAGGAAUCUUUGGCAAGCACAGUGAUUAGAUAUAUGAUUGCCUCUUUAAGUAUGUUUUUUAUAUAAUGGAGGGGUUGCUUAUUUGAGUGUUGUUUUGUAUAAAGCUUUGCCUGUUUCGGUUUAGAUGUUUUUGCCAAAGGUAAUAACAGAAACAGGGUGAAUCUUUCCUUUUCCCCCAGAGAAUAUAAUGCUCUGCUUAGGAGUGAUGCACUACGAAAGGAAUUAUAUUUCAGUUUUUUAAGGAAAGACUAAAUGUUUUUGAAGGGAAUAAAAUUCACUUUUAGGUGAAUAUUGUAAACAAAA